GGAGAUGAUCACUGGUAGCUUGGGUUAUAUUAAUAGUGUACAAUUCGAACUGUUCGCUUCAAAAAUCUUAAGUUUAUUUGAAGAAAUGUAGAAAAACGGCGAUGGUAUGGUUUCGCUGUGACAUGUCUCGUUGUGGACCGGAGCUGAGAAGAUAGUUUAAAGAAUGCCUUAACACUUUUGACAGCUUCUUAAAUAGUGAUUAUGUCCUUGGAAAAAAACAUUGGUAGGUCCACAAAGAAAAAUAAACUCUGGGAUAAGGAAUAGAAGUAAUUGCGGUUUCUUGGCGCGCUCAGACAUCUGAUGCUUUGCUUACCUUUGUGAAGUCAGGUAUCUUUUUCUGCAUGAAGCCUUUAAAAAUUAACGGGUUAAUUAGUUUCACAGAGUAGUAUUGCAGUUCUUUUGUGAGGGUGCAGACACCUGUGUAAAUUACCUUUUGCCGAAUAAAUCUGUUGGAAUGUCGAGUAUGGAACAACAAAUAGGGUGUGUGGCACCACUUUACAGAUUGGUUGGUGGUGGUGCAUUAGCCAUAACUAGCUAUUGGUGUGUGACAUAAUUGUAACUUAACUUUUUUCCCCAGAAGAAAUUUGAAAACAAAAAAAAAAAAGACCAAAGUAAACGCUAGAAAAGCCUGCCUCACAGGGAAUGGUUGGAUUACUCUUGAUCAUGUGUAGUAAACUACAGAAAGACAAAAUGGACAAUUUAGUACACUUCUGGCAUUUUCUAGGUAAAAUCGCAUCAGUCUAAAAAAAAGAAAAUAAUUGUGCAAGUGGCAGAUACCCUCUUGUGAGUCAGACUUGCCUCUGUCAGGGAGUCCACUUGAGUGUAAAAGAGAUACAGGAAAUUGAGCAUCUCUUGAAGAACUUAAUAAGUUAAAGUGGAGCAUAAGGAGAUGUGCUGAUAACAAGCAUGAACUAGUAUGUUUAGCCAUAAGGGAGGAGUAAGAUGGCAUCUUUGCGUCUUGUAACAAAGUGUACCUGACGAAGCUUUGCGAGCCUGAUUCUAGUCACUUGCUUGGAUUUGUAGAACCAAUAAAGCUCGUUUUGCAACUUUGUGUGAGUCCGCAAUCUGAAUCGAACCCAUUUCAUGCAGGUUCAACCCAUUUGAUAUAAUCCAGCAUUAUUGUAUUAAGCUUGAUCUUGUGGGCCUGUUGGUUCAGUGAUUAAAUGAUUAGCAAAUCUGUGGGUCCUUAACUAACUCGUUAUCUUAGAGUGUUAUAUAGUCUGGUAUUUUUUUCUCCCCUACUCUUUGUUUUAUUUUAUUAUUUUUGGUAGGGAACCAAAAGGGUAGCUGGUGAGUUGAGUAAUACUGUGACUGGGUAUCGAAUCUGAUUACGUUCUUAUUAAGGAGGGGAAGAUCCCUAUUUUGGCACUGGGGCAAUAUAAGUAGUGCCCUUGCCUUAUUUUCUUUGGGAGUUUGUACUUAUGCCACAGCGAGACAGCCAAGCAAAUUGCAAAAUCCCAUAACAUUCUGGGUUCCAUCAGCUAGCAGUACCUAAUUGGACAAAUAAUUCUAUUUUCUUUGAGUAUCAAUUUCCUUAUAUAAGCCGUAAAAAAGGAUCAUACUUUGCAUUUACUUCACAGGUGACGGUUAUGAUGAACAAGGUAAUUUUUUGUGAAAACUUUGUGAAACUUGUGUACACUAUUCAAGUAAUAGGUGGUAUUAGAGGUCAGAACAUCUUUAUAGAGAGGACUCUGAAUAAUUAAAUAUCCAAAGCCCAUUAAAUGGGGACUAGAACGGACUGGCUUUAUGCUGAAUGAUGCUUUACAGGGAGAUACAGAACUCAACAAGCUUACAAGAAGUAAGAAGUAAUUUUACUUCAGAAUUAACAUGAGCUUCUUAUCCGUGGAAAGCACUGUGUGUUAGGUUAUAUAAUUGUGUAUUACAGCAGUUCUUACACUUUUUGUUCUUAGGACCCCUUCGCAGUCUUAACAAUUGUUGAGCACCAAAGAGCCUUUGUGUAGCCAGUAUUGGUUGAUAUUUGUCACAUUAGAAAUUAAAACUGAGAAAACCUUAAAAUAUGUAUUCAUUAAUAUGCUUACAAAUAACAAUAGACCCACUACCUGUAACAUAAAUUGACAGCUUAUGUAAAAUGUUUUUCAAAACAAAAAUUUAGUGGGAAGAGUGGCAUUAUUUUACAUUUUUGUAACUCUUUGUUCAGCUUUAUAGAAGACAGCUAGAUUCUUACGUUGCUUCUGCAUUCAGUCUCUUGAAAUGUCACACAUCAUGUAGCCUCUGGAACACCCCACUGCAUGCUUGUGAGAAAAUGACAGUAAACAAAAGUAACAUCUUAAAUAUUAUUUAUGAAAAUCCCUUUGACCUUCUGGACCACCUGAAUGGGUCCUGGAAACUUUCAGGGUUCCAGGACCACAUUUUGAGAACCCACUUGUGUAAGCUAUAGUUAACAGUUAAGGAUACCUGCUCCUAUCAAAAUAACUUUAAAUAAUUGGAGAAAUCCUUAAGGCUAGCAAUGUGUAUGUUUCUUUGGAGACCCGAGGUUUUGAAGUGUAUUAGCUGGGAAAUAGACCGUGGGGAUUAGUAGUCCUCUGCUCUCAAAAAAAAAAAAAAAAAAAAAAGGUAACAGUCGAAUCCAACUGAGAGACAGGAGGCUAACUAGAAGGUAAAUCCAUGCUGUGGUUUAAGGUGAAUGUUGAAAAUAGCGAUCUCCUAAUAACGUAAAGGCUGAUUUAUGUCUAAUUGUUGCUGAAGGGAUUCUAAUUUUAAAUGAAAAAGUCUUAUAGCUAGGACAUUUUCUCAAGCUUUUUGUUAUGUGCACAUAUCAGAUGUUAUUUUCAGAAGCUGGAGGUUUGGGCAGUCCUUAUUUUUGUGGGUAAAAAAUUUAACCAGUGGGGAAAAGCACAAAUUGUUUAAAAAGAUGCCCUGAAUACAAGUGUUUGAAUAACUAAGGAAAGCCAAAGACCAAGCAUUUGAACUCAAGGGUUUGGGUUAAACAGCCAGUUAAAUUAGAGAGAUUUAGUAGGCUAGGCAUGAUAAUUUUUCUCUGAUUAAUUCUUCCACGAGUUGAGAGUGCCCCUUUAAGUUUUCAGUUCACACUUGCCUCAUAUUACUGUACGCAAGAAAAAGUAAGUGUAGAUCAAGUAAACGUUAUGCAAUUUUGGGUGGAUACUGGAGAUAAACUGUUUUUUAAGGGAUCCGCUCAGUAAGAUGAGGUGUUGAUUAUUGGUUGUCAGUGGUAAUAAAUUUGUAAUGGACUGAUCAGGUUGUGAUAAAAGGUAAGAAAUCACCUGGAGUGAUGGGUUAUUUUGUAUUGUAUUUCUCCCCAACCUACAUUUAACACUCUUGUUUGCCCAGUGGACUAAAUUUUCUAAAUAUAGUCAGUCAUUUGCUUGUCAUUAGGUCAAAUGCAUUUACUGCUUUUUAGUAACAUUCUAUGAUGUAUUAAGUGUCUAACAUUUAAUAGGGCAAUGAGUAAAUAUUUGCCUACUAAAUAAAGGAACUUUCACUUAGAUGUGGCUGGAAGGGUCUUUAUGUUGAAAACAUGCAGAGUCAGUGGGCUUUCCCUCAGAAUGCUUUCACUGGCCUGCACUCCCAGUGUAGGCUGGAUUGUGAGCAAAUGACCAUCUGCAGUGUUGUUAUCACAGUGAAUUUGUGUUCUUUUGGUAGUCUGUAUUUAUAGAUGGGCAGGUGGACAAUUUAGUUGUAAAUGUGGAAAAGGUAGUUAAAAAUCAGUGGACAGGUGAUACUUUUUUCACAUUAAUUCUAAAAUUUAGUAUUUGAGUUUUAUAUAUCCUUCUGAAGAAUUUAAACUUUGUUGGUAAUAUUUAUAAAGCUGAAGGCAAAUGUCUUUCUAGUCUUUCUGCCGUGUUCCUCCCCCGCCCCGUCUCCCAGAAUCUUAAAGCAGUCUCAGGUUAUUUCCAAAGUCUCUAAAUGAUUGGUCAUGGAUGUGAAAUGUGUGAAAUUCAGAAUGUGCUCCAUGUAUGUGUUUUGUUUAAAGAGGCUGCAGUAUAGAGAUUGAGCUUAACAUUUCCUUGUUGUGAAGAAGUUUUGACACAUUGAUCAGAAGUUAUUUUCCUAGUAACAUGCUUAAUAGUGCGUAAAGAACAUCCUUCAUGGUCUAAGCAGAAGAAAUGAUGGAGUUGGGGGAAGAACUCUAACUCUUUGGUGUGGUUUCCUGUUAUUUAUCCCCAUAAUAAUUUCUUCUCAUUCUUGGCGUGUACAGCAUUAGCCUUAGGCUCGUUUAACAGCCUACUUUUUCCUCAUUGAAAUUGAUGUAAUUUCCUUCUACACUGGAAUAUAAAAGAUUGAUCUUGGGUUCUAGCUAGAUUUAGAGAUACUUAUGUUUUAUAGUGUUUGCAGCUCAGUGAGUAGACCAGUGAGCAGUUUACUAUGUAGCUCAGUGAGUAAUUUAAAUUCCUGUUUUAAAAUUUGAGUCCCUCUUCCAUCAGGGACUAAUUUACAUGUACAUUUAUUUCUCCUAACCUAACCUACUGUUUGUUUUUUUUUUUUCCUUUUUGAGCUUUUCUCUCCUUCCUGACCUUGUUUUUUUUUUUUUUUUAAUUUACAUUUUUUCUUCUUUGAAAACAAAACGUUAGUCUCCUUUGAUUAAGCUGCAGUUUCUGACCUACAUGCAUACCGGUUUGUGUUCAACCAAGGCACUGAAAUAGAUUUAGUAGGUAUAUUAUCAGUGUUUGAAGUGGAAAAGGUAUGCUGUUUAACUUAUUUUGAUAUUUUAUGUUUAUUCAUAGCCUCUAUAGACAGGAGAGCAAUUGCAUUCUAGGUGUUUUUAAUAGAGCUUUCCUGGACAGAUGGCUUGGAAGGAAGUACUUUGAUGGAUUCUCAGUAGGGGCUAGUACUUUUUGGAGGGUGUAUUUAUGAUUAAGCUUACCUUGACUGACAAUUUAGAAUGCUGAGAAUAGCAUUAAGGACAGUAACAGCUUGUUGGUCUUACCUAGAAUUGUCUUGUGCCAAGACCUCUCAAGAUACACUGAGAUUUCUGUGUAGUGGUCUGUUUUGAGAAUGUAGUGUGCCGGUCCAACAAAAGCCCUUGGGUCUGUUUGACUUGUUCAAGUGUCCACUGUGGAAGGUACGUGAAUGGCCAUGCAAAAAAACAUUAUGAAGAUGCGCAAGUACCCUUAACCAACCAUAAGAAAUCAGAAAAGCAGGAUAAAGCUCAGCACACAGUAUGUAUGGAUUGCAGUAGCUACAGCACCUACUGUUAUCGCUGUGAUGAUUUUGUGGUUAAUGACACCAAGCUGGGACUGGUACAGAAAGUCAGAGAACACUUACAAAACUUGGAAAACUCAGCUUUCACAGCUGACAGGCAUAGGAAAAGAAAACUUUUGGAAAACUCAACACUGAACAGCAAGUUAUUAAAAGUAAAUGGAAGCACCACUGCCAUUUGUGCCACAGGCCUUCGGAAUUUGGGGAACACGUGUUUCAUGAAUGCCAUUCUGCAGUCACUCAGUAACAUUGAGCAGUUUUGCUGUUAUUUCAAAGAACUGCCCGCUGUGGAGUUAAGGAAUGGGAAAACAGCAGGAAGACGAACAUACCACACCAGGAGCCAAGGGGAUAGCAAUGUGUCUUUGGUAGAAGAGUUUAGAAAGACACUCUGUGCUUUAUGGCAAGGCAGCCAGACUGCAUUUAGCCCAGAGUCCUUAUUCUAUGUUGUUUGGAAGAUUAUGCCAAACUUUAGGGGCUAUCAGCAGCAGGACGCCCAUGAAUUCAUGCGCUACCUUUUGGACCAUCUACACUUGGAACUCCAGGGUGGCUUCAAUGGUGUUUCCCGCUCCGCAAUUCUGCAGGAGAAUUCUACUCUGUUUGCAAGUAACAAGUGUUGCAUAAAUGGAGCAUCUACUGUUGUCACAGCUAUAUUCGGAGGCAUUCUGCAAAAUGAGGUUAACUGCCUCAUAUGUGGGACAGAAUCUAGAAAGUUUGACCCAUUCCUAGACCUUUCAUUAGAUAUUCCAAGUCAGUUCAGAAGUAAACGCUCUAAGAAUCAAGAAAACGGACCAGUUUGUUCAUUAAGAGAUUGUCUUCGCAGUUUUACUGACUUAGAAGAACUGGAUGAGACAGAGUUAUAUAUGUGCCAUAAAUGCAAAAAGAAACAAAAGUCCACAAAAAAGUUUUGGAUUCAAAAACUACCCAAGGUGCUAUGCUUACAUUUGAAAAGAUUUCAUUGGACAGCAUAUUUAAGAAAUAAAGUUGAUACAUAUGUAGAGUUUCCACUGAGAGGCCUAGACAUGAAAUGCUACUUACUGGAGCCUGAGAACAGUGGCCCAGAGAGCUGCCUGUACGACCUCGCCGCUGUGGUGGUGCACCAUGGUUCCGGGGUUGGUUCUGGACAUUACACAGCAUAUGCAGCCCAUGAAGGCCGCUGGUUCCACUUCAAUGACAGUACUGUAACAGUGACUGAUGAGGAGACUGUGGUGAAGGCAAAGGCCUACAUCCUGUUCUACGUGGAACGCCAGGCCAAAGCUGGAUCAGAUAAACUUUAGUACCUCCUCCUAAUCCUCAUUCAUCAACCAUACCGGAGAAACAUUUCCAGUUUUCCACAAAUACUUGAUCCAAGAUUAAUUUCAUUAUGCACUUUUCAAUUUCCUAUUUUGGGUUUAGUUUUGUCAGUGGUAGUGACUUACUGAACAUGGGCACCAACUAAUUUUGUUGUUGUUCUACCAGAAAACCUCAGCAGACGCUUUGAUUUGCUGCUUUAGUUGUAAUAAUUCAGUUUUUAUAUGUAGUUUGAAGAACGUAGUCCUAUUGACUUUUUUAUGUUAAUGUUUUCAGUUCUCACUUUGAGGCACAUUUACAUCAAUGCUUUUGAUACUCACACUUGCUGAAAGCAAGAUUUUCACAGCUGUAAUGGAGAUCAGGUUGACUCUAAAUCAAGGAUCAUGUGUGCACUUAACUUGUUGCCCACGAAAUUUCACAGUGACUGCUGAGCAAUCAUUCUUUUGGCCUGUAAGAGAUAACAGAGGGCAUCAUUAAGUAGACCAGGUAAUUACUGCUUGUCUCAAGGCUGCUAUUUAUCAGCACUAACUAAAUAAAUUUGUUGGUUCGGUUGUACCUGUCCUGCAAAUACAAGAAUUACGCUUUCUUGGCUUUGAGGCAUACUUGUUUGUGGGGAGGUAAGAUGGGAGUAAAGACCAAAUACAUUUAAUGUUUAAAAAACAUCACUAACGGUAUAGGUGUUACCUAGUGAGGUAAAGCCACGGCAUCGGCCUCCUUCUCCUUGGCUGUAGCACUGGAAGUCACCGCGUGUCCAUUUUAGACUUAGUGCUUUUUUGGUACCUUAGUCUGAGGUGUGAACCUGUGGUAUGUACUUGAAUCAUCACCUGCAUUUCAGUUUAUCACCAGGGGAGUCUGCUUCCGCAGGAGGAAAUUUAGUCUUUGCUCCUCUGGGUUUUAACACCCCUCAUUGGCCUAUCCUGAUAGCAGAACAAGUUGAAAACAAUCUCAUUUUGAGUAAGUAGUUUUCGUUGUUUAGUUUUUCUUAUUGAGCAAGAGUCUCCUUAUGUUGCCCAGGCUGGAGUGUAAUGGCACCAUGUUGGCUCACUGCAAUCUCCGCCUCCCAGGUUCAAGCAAUUCUCCUGCCUCAGCUCCCGAGUAGCUGGGAUUACAGGCACCCACCAUCACACCCACUAAUAUUUUUUAUUUUUAGUAGAGACAGGGUUUCACCGUAUUGACCAGGCUGGUCUUAAACUCCUGACCUCAGGUGCUCCACCCGCCUCAGCCUCCCAAAGUGCUGAGAUUAUAGGCAUAAGCCACAAUGCCCAGACUGUUCUAUUAAAAAAGAAAAAUGGUCAAGAUGUUUUUAAGCUUAUGAAUGUAAAAACAGUCUGGUGGGCUGGGUGUGGUGGCUCACACCUGUAAUACCAGCACUUUGGGAGGCUGAGGUGGGUGGAUCACGAGGUCAGGAGUUCGAGACCAGCCUGGCCAAUGUGGUGAAACCCCAUCUCUACUAAAAUUAAAAAAAUUAGCCAGGCAUGGUGGCAGGUGCCUGUAGUCCCAGCUACUCAAGAGUCUGAGGCAGGAUAAUCGUCUGAACCCAGGAGGCGGAGGUUGCAGUGAGCCGAGAUGGUGCCAUUGCACUCCAGCCUGGGCAACAGAGCGACACACUGUCUCAAAAACAAAAAACCAGUCUGGUGGCUCUCCCUCAGGUUGGAUAUCUGAAGUUGUAGGAGCAGGUGUAGCUCCAUUUCCAUUGUAAUAUUAACUGGAUAAAUCCCAUAUCUUCCCAGAGCAUAUUGGCUAAACACUUUAACAAGGAGCAACUUACAAUUAUGUAUAAACGUAUAUCCUCCAAUACUAUGCCUCCUAGCUACAUGUGGUUAUUGAAAUUUAAAUCAGACUCAGUUCCUUCAGUUACACUCAGUACCUUUCAAGUACUUCACACCACAUGUGGCGUAAGACAGUGCUGGCCUACAUUUUCACUCCAAAGAAUAAAGCUUUGCCAUCGUGUUUACAUCUUACAAUUUAGAGUCCUAAAAGGUCAUAGGGAAAUGUGUGCUUAAAUUAAUUCACAAUGCUAAAUUAUAUUAGGUUAAACUGUAUGAAACUGCUAUUUGAUGAGUUUCCGAGCUACAAAAAUGACAGUUCCAGCUGAUCUAUCAGUACAUCACCACAUCUAAUUGAACCUGAAAUGUGAGUUCCCUUUGAAUUUCCUAUGAAUCCAGGCUCUUUGGCUUAGAAGGUAGAGAGCUGUAACUUCUAACACUGAUACUUCGCUCUUCAGUCUCUCUGAAUGGGCAGCUGUUAUAACUUAAAACCGUAUAGGCCCGGGCGGAGUUGAUGGUGAAAGCAGCUGUAUUUUUAUAGCAAAUGGAACCUGACUACUCUGUCGGGCAGAGUGGCCUUCAGACGGGGAUGCUGCUGGCUUGGGAGAUGAACAUGUCUUCUCUGUUUGGUUUUCCUUGAACAGAAACGCCUGGAUGGUAUCAUGAAGGUUGUUGAGAAAAGUGAUUGGACCCAUCUGAAUUGUGCACGUGAACACCAGUGAUGUAAAUGUGCCUAAUCCUAUUUUAAUUUUUAACUGUGUAGCCUUACCAGACCUAUUUCAAAAGCUGAUCUUUUGUGCGCUCCAGGGCUUUUCCCUUGUGCCAUGUUGUCUCCAGCAUGUAUGUGGCUUCUUGCUCAGAGCUUCUGCUGAGGCAGGGCCUCUCACUGAGUCACAUGGCUCCUUGGAACAAGAAAACUUUCUCAGAAGUCCUCCCACACAGGUGGGUGAUAGAAACAGUUUGUGGCAACACAAAUCUCUCUCCAUGGUGGAGAAACCUGCUUAUCCACUGUAUUCUACUCAGUGUGUAGUGAUGACAAAUGUACUAGAAUUAAACCAGGCAAGUGUACUGGCCCGGGGUGAGUGUCGAAUGUGUAUCUCGCCUGUGGAACCUACUCAGCAGCUUGGUUUCUGGGGUUGGGGACAUAUUUAUUUCUUAAAGCCAAACCUCUCCUUCAUUGGUUUAGUGUACAUAAGUCUAUUUAGAUACACUUAUCCCACUUUAACCUCCACCAGCCCCUAAACUCUCUGCUGUAACCUCUGCUGCUGAAGUGGCCUCUUCACUUGGGCCCUGGAAAAGCCCAUGGGAAAAAGUGUGUUCCUGCAGCCAAGGCCUGGGUCCCAGGUGACUGAGAGUAGCCACGGGAAGGUGAGUAAGGAGUGGGCAUUGGUGUCUGUAGUCCAAGGUCUCUGCGUCUCGUCAGUGGGUGCAGGGCCUUCCCCCUCAGGUGUGAGCAUGAUGGACUCUAGACUGCCUUCCAUGAGCAUUGGUCAUGCUGUGAUGUCAUCAUUUGCCAUUAAAACCCAGUUUGUACGAUGCCAAGAGGAUUGUUUAACUGUGCAAGUGACUGAUUCAUUUAAGUUGUAAUCACAUCCCUUUUCUGCUUCACCAACCUGAACUUUUAAAAAGUAACAUUAAAAGUCUGUUCUCUUUA